AUGAAGACAGAUAUUACUGAUCCAUGGUGUGGAACAGAUGUUCCAGAAUCCAGUAAUGAUAAGUGUAAAAAUUGUUUUGAAGAUUCUUUCGUAGGAAAUCAAACGCAACACGUCAAAUUAGCUGAUUCAGAAGAAUACCUAGAAAAACUUUGUACAUCAAAGAAAGAUCUUGUAACAUCUUUAUUUGAAGCAAAGGAAGAUUCUAUUGCACGUUUAAUAACAUCUGGAUGUAAGCUUGAAACAGAAGAAGAAACUGAACUUGCUUCAAAUCCAUUAAUAAGACAUAUAGCACCUCACUUACAGGUAAUUAUGAAAAUAUAAACAAUUUAUAUUUAUUAUUAAUCGUAUUAUGUAUAUGAAAUUUAUAAUAUUUAUUUUAGGCCUUAACAGCUAACGAAUUAGUUCAUCUUUUGAAAGCAGACGUUCUACAAAUUGUUAACGAAUCUGUGCAAGAAGAAGAGAUUGACAAACACUAA